AUGAAUAGACACAUUUUUAGUAUUAUAUCAAUUUUGUGUAUACUAGUAACGCCUCCAAUAGGAUGUCAGGAUACAAAAUUGUCUGAGUUUGAUCAAUUCACUGACAAUGAUAUCGAAUCUCGCCUGUCACUCAGCGAGUUGGAUUCGGCUGCUGAAUCUAGUGAAAGUUUUGCAUAUCAAACCGAAGUAACUAGACUGUUAGAUAUUAUUGUCAAUUCCAUAUACACUAACAAGGAGAUAUUUAUUAGGGAAUUAAUUUCUAAUGCAUCCGAUGCCUUAGAGAAGGCGAGGUUAAAUGAGAUAGAAUCAAAUGAACCGUCUCACAACCUAAACAUACGAGUGUCUUUUGACGAUACAACACUGUCCAUUUUUGACAGUGGAAUUGGUAUGUCAAAGGAUGAUAUGAUGACUAAUUUGGGUACCAUUGCAAAGUCAGGUACUAAGAAUUUUUUGAAUGCCAUGAAAGAAAAUGCUAAUGCUAAUUUGAUUGGUCAGUUUGGCGUUGGAUUUUAUUCGGCAUUUUUGGUCGCCGAUAGGGUCGUGGUUCAGUCCAAAAGACAUGGUCACGAUCAGUAUAUUUGGGAAUCAUCCACUUCUGACCACUCUUACAAAAUUUACAAGGAUCCUAAAGGUAACACAAUCCCUCGUGGCACUCGUGUCACACUAUUUCUCAAAGAAGAUUCCAAGGAGUACCUAAAUUUCGAUAAGCUCAAAACAUUGAUUAAUAAAUACAAUAGCUUUAUCCCACACCAAAUAUUCUUGUAUGGUAAACCAAGUUCUCAGCCCAACCUCUCAAUUGACGGCUUGAAUCUAAACCCAGAACAAGUAAGCAUUAUAAACUCCGAUGGUUCUGCCAAUGAAUCUAAAUUGUCCAGUGAAGAUGAAACUAAUAAGUGGCACCACUUGAAUGAUAAACAGCCGCUUUGGUUAAGGCCACCAAAGGAAGUGACUGAUGAUGAGUAUAAAAAUUUCUAUAAGGCAAUCUCUGGGGACUCCCAGGAUCCACUGACCACAAUUCAUUUUAGAGGGGAAGGAGAUGUUGAAUUUAAGGCACUAUUAUUUAUUCCAGGUAGACCGCCUAGCGAAUUCCUCGACUACUCAAAGCAAUCACACAAUGUCAAACUUUAUAUUAAACGAGUUCUGGUAUCUGUCGACCUACCAAAUUUCAUCCCACGAUAUUUGUUCAACCUCUAUGGUAUUGUAGACUGCGAGGAUAUGUCUUUGAAUAUUUCCAGGGAGACAAUUCAGCACAAUAAGACACUGAGUGUGGUAUCCAAGAAGAUAGUUAGGAAGGUGUUAGAUAAGAUUAGCCAGCUGAAAUCUGAAGAUGAAUCUAAUACUGAUAGCAACGAAACCACAACAUUUAGCAAGUUUUGGCAAUCUUUCCAAGGAUCUCUAAAGGUUGGAUGUUACGAAGACCACUCCAAUCGUGCUAAGAUACUAGACCUAUUGUUAUUCCACAGUUUGAGGCACCGUGAUGGCAAACUGACUUUGGAUAAAUAUAUUAAAGAAGUAGUUGGGGAUAAUAAGAUCAUUUACUACGCGUCUGGUGAGACUUACAGUCAAGUUGAGAAGAUUCCACAAUUACAAAUUUUCAAGAAAAAAGACAUAGAUGUUCUAUUCCUAUUUGACUCAUUGGAUGAAUCAUGCCUUUCACGUUCAGCUUCAUAUAAGGAAUUCCAAUUUAAGUCGAUUCAGAAAGGGAAACUUGACCUUGGCGAUGCAGAUAAGGAGAGACAUGAUAUUUACAAAAAGGUAUUUAAGUCAUUCCAAUCGGACCUAAAAGAUGUCCUUGAAGAUGUAUCUAGGGUUGAGUAUAAUGACAAGCUUUUAGAUUCACCCUGUGCUGUACAAGCUACUGAGUGGGGAAUGAGCGCGCAAAUGGAAAGGGCAAUGAAAUCUUACACAAUAAACAAGUUUGAUAAAGGCGUGGUGCAACGGAAUAAGGUGUUCCAAGUUAACCCUGAACACCCACUAAUUGUCAGAUUAUUAGAGAUACAUACUGUCUCUGGGAAAUCACCAGAGUUUACUGAUGCCGCCAAGUUGAUCUAUGAUACUGCUAAGUUGGCCAGUGGUUUCAUGCUGGAAGAUUCACAGACAAUUUCCAAUGCCGCUUACCAAUUUUUGAGUGAAAAAAUCAAAGUCCAAUCAGAUACCUUGGAUAGCCUUAUUAGCAAGAAUAGCAAGCUGAGUGAGGCAGUGGAAACAAACGAUGGAAACGCCAGUGCUGACAGCGAUAUGAGUAUGAAUUUGGACGAUAUUAAGGACGAUGAACUAUAA